GUCCAAACAGCCUGUGUAUGUCACGUGACCGGGAAGAAGGGAGGGGAGGAAGAAAAGGAGAAAAAGACCGAAAGAACACGGAUCAAAAUAAGACCAAAGACGUCGCCAAGGGCAGAUGCUGGAGAAGCAAUCAAGACGAAAAAGAUUGAAAGUGAAGACAUGAGGGACCAGCGUUAUGGGAGAUAAAUAAAGCCAUUGUGGAAAGAGGAAGAAGAGUCAGGAUGAAGCUGAAUGAGCGCAGUGUGGCUCACUAUGCCACGUGUGACUCUCCUCCAGACAAAACAGGCUUCUUGUUCAAAAAAGGUGAGCGUAACACGGCGUAUCACCGCCGCUGGUUUGUGCUGAAAGGAAACAUGCUGUUCUACUUUGAGGAGCGGGACAGCAGAGAGCCUAUAGGGGUCAUUGUCCUGGAGGGCUGCACCGUGGAGCUGUGUGAGUCUGCAGAGGAAUUCGCCUUUGCCAUAAAAUUUGACUGUGCCAAAGCUCGGAUCUACAAGAUGGCUGCGGAGAACCAGGUUGCCAUGGAGUCAUGGGUGAAGGCCUUGUCCAGGGCCAGCUUUGACUACAUGCGACUGGUGGUAAAGGAGCUGGAGAGGCAGCUGGAAGAGGUCCAGGAGGCCCAGGGGGGCGUGGUCUGUAAACCCAAGUCCGUCAGGAGGAACCACGCCAUGCGCUCCAGGUCAGGGGCCUCCUCUUCAUCCUCCUCCACCUCGUCCCUGUCCUCUGCCUCCAGUGCCCCAAUCAUGUCCGCUCCAAAGAGUGCCCAGGAUGACUCUGCCCCAAAGAGUGCCCAGGACGAGCCCCCGUCUAGGGAGAAUGGCGUGGCCUGGAGCAGAGCUCCUGUUGCUGUGUCUAACGGGUCCAUAGAGGGGGCAUCGUCCUGUGCGUCCUGGGACAGCAGUGAGGACUCUGGGAUUCACAUGAGUGCUGGAGCGGAAGGUGUGAGAGCGCCCCCUGUGCCUCCUCGGAGAAGAGGCGCUUCAUUGGAGAGCCCCUUUUCUCCGGGGACCGGCUGCUUCUCAAAACUCCAUGAGUGGUACGGCAAAGAGGUGCAGGAACUGAGGGCUGAGUGGCUGGAGAGCCAAUAACUGUCACUUUAAUUUACCUUUGAUACUGUCAUUCCAACACAAACAUUCUGUCUCUGAACCUCAGUGAGAAAGGGAAUCAUCUAUGGGACUAUUGUGCCAAUUAUACCUUUUUUCUUUGUUACAAAGAAUCAUGUGAACAUGUGUCUUUACCAAGUAUAUGAUUAAGUGUUAAAAGGAGCAAAAGCCAAAAAAUCAUAAUGAGUCACUGUCACAUUCCCAACUUUUUAUUAGUAUUUUAGCCUUAUUUGUUUUUCACGUUAAUCUGCAUGAGAUGACACAAUCAGACCAAUCGUUAAUUUUUUAAGGUUUUAUUUGUCUUGUGGAAAUCCAAAACAAUUCUGUUAGACCACACUGGAUUAACACUUAAACAUAAAAAUGAUAUAGAUGACUGACCACCCCAGUUUUGGCAUUUACGAAUACUUCUCUCGUAUCUUAGUUUGACUUUUUAUGUUUUGUAUGCAUUUCUACUUUUAUACUAUUCCAACGUUACUUUAAAAGCGCACUACGUAACUUUUCUAGUGGAGGGUCAGCUAGGUGCUUGUCUCCAUGUUACUGCUUUGCCGGGAAUGACUAAGUUAAAGACCAAGUUAAAGGCCAAAUAUACGGAGAGGCAAGAAGGUAUUUUGAGCAAUAAAAACAGAGAAAUUAAACUGAUGGACAAUGGAUACGUUUAUUGACAUAUGGUGGAACAUUCCCCAAUUUCCAGGUUGUGGAUAAUCCACAAGAAAAGUUACAUAUGAAUCCAUAACAUUAUGAUUAUGGUGCCAAUAUUCAUUGAGGAAAGCAGAAAGGAAGCUGUAAUGUGCUUAAAAAACAUAAGAAACAACUGUUGCUGAUGUGAGAAUAGGACACAUUUGAACUUGCUCAGAGUUAAAAGUAAGGCUGUAAAAUAUACCAGAAUUAUAAUUUGAUUAGUUACAAUUAUCAAAAUGCAAACACUGCAGUUAUGUAGGUAAUGCAAUAUACAUGCCUACAAUUUAUACAUCUACAAACAUGCUCUGAAAUGCUUGGGAUUCCUGUGUUAGUUUAGCAGUUAUAUAUACACAUAUUUCCAUUUUCUCUUAAAAGUUAUUGCUCUUGGAGUUGUUUACUCAGAACAAAAUCUUACUUUUUAAAGGGCCCAUAUUAUGCUAGUUUCUGAUUUAUGUGAUAAUGUAAUUUCCUCAUGACAAACAUUCCUGGAGUUGUAUUUCGUUUCGGUGCAUAUUUUAAAAGCACAAAUCCUGCAUAUUUAGGCUGAGUCCUUCUCCUUCACUGUGUUUUUAAACUCCAUACACCUUCACUAGAAACAUUUGGAUAAUUUCAGACCUGGAAUUACCAAUCUCUAGUGAACUAAUGGUAAAAGGAGCUGUGACCUUGAAAACUACUGCUUCAUGACAUCACAAAAUGGAACAGAGCAUUUUGAGCUUUGGAGAUGUAGGCAAACUAAUAUUAAUAGUGAAUCAAAUGUGUGAAUGAAACAAAAUACAACUGCAGGUAUGUUUUUUUCAUGAGCCCAAAGCAUUAUAACGUGUAUUUUGUGUAAUAUUGUACCUUUAAACAUUAAUUAACAUGAACUUAAUCACAAUUUGUUUUGUUAUUCCCAAAUUGUGCAGCCUGAGAUGAAAGCAACCAACCCCCUUAUGUAGAGGAACGCGUCUGCUCUAAGUGCAACUGCCAACCCCCAUGCAUUCCUGGACACUUGGCAGCGGAGCUUGUGUAAUCGCUAAUGCCCGAGAAUGGUCCAAAGAACCCAGGGGACUGUGGUGGGAGCGCAGUGUCUUGCCCUGAGGUACUUAUCGAGGUAUUUUUAGCACCUGUUAGCCGUCAGCCAGAUGAUGCUUUGUCAUAGAGCACUUUAGUUCUCCAUUCUCACUCAAGAUCCCCCACCCUGUAACUUGUAGCAUUUGACACCUAUUUUGCUCCUUUUUUCAGAUAGACAGAUACUUUCUUGAUCCCAAAGGAAAUUCAGAUUUUUAAGUUUUUUUUAAUCACAUUGCUGACUGUAGUUUAAAAUUCAUACAGUCUGUGGUUUCAGAAUGAUGAAAAGUUUGGACCUUUUUCGUAGCAAUUAACAAUUCAAAACAAAAUAUUAUAUCUUUUGAAUAGUCAACUCUCCCCGAAAAUAGCACCAUGCAACAGGAAGCUGAAAACUAUGAAUAGGCAAUAUUCUGAGUACUUUUUACCAUUGAAAACAAGAGAAUUAGUUUUGAAUUGUUCAUUUCUAUGGCAGUGUUUAUUUAAACCAUGGGUAGGGAUGUGUGAUGUGGCAAAAUUAUUAUUUUUAGUCUGAUACUCAUUUACAGUUUCCUCUUUUAGGUGUCAUUUUAAGUACUUUCCCCCCAUUCAAAAGCUGUAAUAUUUUAUUUGUAAAUUGUUAAUUGCUAUGGCAACGGUUCAGAUUUUUGAUCAUUCUGAAACCCAUGGAUAGUUUGAUAUUUAUACAUUUAAACUUCCUGUUUAUAGGCGACAUUUUGGGUACUUUUUCAGUUCAAAUGAUAUAAUCUUUGGAUUUAAAAUUAGAAUCUCUAUGGCAACAGUGUUAAUUAAAAUUUUAAUCGCACUGAAAUCCACAGAUAUGGAUGUGUGAUAUUGCCAAAAACUAAAGUUGUUUUACUCUUAUAAUGACUACUGAUAUUAUUAGAUGAUAUGUUUGCAAUCCAUCCCAAAUGUCCUUAAAUGUGCCAGUAUUGUUUACUGACAUACAUACUUGAUAUUCUAAUAUUUUAUACCUAUAAAACUACUAGGGAACCACGAUACCGAUACUGAAAAAUUGGAUCAAAUAUCGGUUCCAUGAUGUCUGUUCAGUCGAUAUCCUGGUUGGGCCUUUAAUUGGAUGCAAUAAGACUAUUUACAGUUAAAUUUUUUGUAGAAUUUCUCAUAAUGUUUUUUUCUUUCAUUUAUACAAAGCUGCAAAACAUAAUUGGAUCUCUUCGUUGAUAAGUUAACUGUGUUUAAGGAAAUACAUUUUCUAUCCCUACACUGGUAUUGCUCAACAUCGGGUACUGGCAGAUACUUGAAAAUCAAGGUAUUGUAUCGGAAAUGAAAAAGUUGGAUUGUUGCAUUCCUAAAAACUACAAUUUUAUGAUUUCAUUGCAGACGAUGCUUUGCCCUCUUUUAGCUUGUUACACGAGAAAACCAAAACAAUUUGGAAACUUCACAAUUUGGACUUUUGGGUUACUGUUUGUUUUUACAUUCUUGCAUUUCUCUUAAUGUUGUUUUAAAAGGUUCACAUGUAGCCAAUAUUUUACUGUGCCUUUUAAUUUCUCUAUGCACUUUUACUGUUUAUUUUUUACUAAUGUAUUAUGUGUUUUUCUCACUCCUUUUGACAAUGGCUCAGUGUCUUCAGUCACAUUGGCGCACAGCACUACAAUUACUGUCAAUCAUUUUACUGUUUCAAAAGAGAAUGUAAAAAACUUGGUACAGAAUUCCUUAAAGGGACACUAUGUAAGUUUAUAUGAGUUGGCAUGACUUAGCAAUCACCAUGGAGACAAUGUGACUCGACCAAACUAUCUUGUUUUGGAAAUAAGAAUGUCUGUAAUUACAUAAAUGGAAGAUAAUCAAGUUUAUACCAUACUGUGAUAACAUGUGAAUGAGACAAGCAGGUGACAGACCCCCCAUGAGAAAAGUUACAUAGUGUACCUUUAGUUUAAACACCACGGCUGCAGCAGAGUUUAGUUGAUGACUCUUAAGUUCUCAAUGACAAAUAUGAGCCAAGAGAAAAUGAAAGACAUUCCUUUUGAUAAACUGCAGUGUUAAUUACUACCAUGGUACUGUGUCAUUAAACAAUCAUAUGUACUAAUGUUUAAUAUUCUCAAUAAACCACAU